AUGUCUGUCACGUACGAUGAUUCUGUUGGCUUAGAGGUGUCCAGCGAUAGCUUCUGGGAGGUGGGGAACUACAAGCGGACGGUGAAGCGGAUCGACGAUGGUCACCGGCUGUGCAGUGACCUCAUGAACUGCCUACACGAGAGGGCUCGCAUCGAGAAGGCGUAUGCGCAACAGCUCACAGAGUGGGCUCGGCGCUGGAGGCAGCUGGUGGACAAGGGGCCGCAGUAUGGGACGGUGGAGAAGGCCUGGCUGGCUGUCAUGACUGAGGCCGAGAGAGUGAGUGAGCUGCACCUCGAGGUGAAGGCCUCACUGAUGAAUGAGGACUUCGAGAAGAUCAAGAAUUGGCAGAAGGAGGCCUUCCACAAGCAGAUGAUGGGCAGCUUCAAGGAGACCAAGGAAGCUGAGGAUGGCUUCCGGAAGGCACAGAAGCCCUGGGCCAAGAAGCUGAAAGAGGUGGAAGCAGCAAAGAAAGCUUACCAUGCCGCGUGCAAGGAGGAGAAGCUGGCCAUAUCGAGAGAAAGCAACAGCAAAGCUGACCCGUCCCUGAACCCCGAGCAGCUUAAGAAAUUGCAAGACAAAGUAGAAAGAUGCAAGCAAGAUGUUCUCAAGACCAAAGAGAAGUACGAGAAGUCUCUGAAGGAGCUGGACCAGGGCACCCCCCAGUACAUGGAGAACAUGGAGCAGGUGUUCGAGCAAUGCCAGCAGUUUGAGGAGAAGCGGCUGCGCUUUUUCCGGGAGGUUCUGCUGGAAGUGCAGAGGCACCUAGACCUGUCCACCGUGGCCAGUUACAAAAACAUCUACCGUGACCUGGAGCAGAACAUCAAAACUGCAGAUGCAGUGGAGGACCUCAGAUGGUUCCGAGCGAACCACGGGCCUGGCAUGUCCAUGAACUGGCCGCAGUUUGAGGAUUGGUCCGCAGACCUGAAUCGAACGCUCAGCCGGAGAGAAAAGAAGAAGGCGGCUGAUGGCGUCACACUGACGGGCAUCAACCAGACAGGAGAUGGGUCCUUGCAGAACAAGCAUGGCAGCACCCUUAGUGUCCCAGGAAACCCCGCGCAGUCAGUGAGGUCCCAGUCCAGCUACAACCCCUUCGAGGACGAGGACGACACGGGCAGUACCGUCAGUGAGAAGGAAGACAUUAAGGCCAAAAAUGUAAGCAGCUAUGAGAAGAUCCAGACUUACCCCACAGACUGGUCAGAUGAGGAGUCUAACAACCCGUUCUCCUCUGUGGAUGCCAACGGGGACUCCAACCCCUUUGAGGAGGACCCCGUGUCGGGGACGGAGGUGCGCGUGCGGGCCUUGUACGACUACGAGGGCCAGGAGCUGGACGAGCUGAGCUUCAAGGCAGGUGAUGAGUUGACCAAGAUAGAGGACGAGGAUGAGCAGGGCUGGUGCAAGGGACGCUUGGACAGCGGGCAGGUUGGCCUGUACCCAGCGAACUACGUCGAGGCGAUCCAGUGA